AUCUCUUAUGAAUCUCACGCGCAAACACACACACACACACACACACAGCGCUGAGCUCUGCCCCUACCUACGUGUCCGUAAAGCGGCCAGAGUGAGUCUGUCAUGGCCUCAAAAGUGAAAGAAGUGCGAAAACUGUGAAAAAGGACGCUCUUUAACUGACUCACAUACAACGUUGAGUUUAUUCGUGAAUAUUAACGCAGUGUCCGUGGACUGUAGAGCGGUCAGGCAGCAAAUAUUCACCAUGGUCCAUAAACAUGAUACUGAGAGAGCCAUUGGGCUGCUGAGGCAGUAUCAGGCUAGUCUGACCAGCCCUGAGGAACAGGCUCUAAAGACCAGUGUGGGCAAAGUUUCUGCUAUCUUUGGCAGCCAGCUCUUUAAGGCUCUGUUGGAUAUUCAAGAAUGCUAUGAGGUGACCCUGCAGCUAAAUGCAACAGAGAAUGCAGCACAAGAGAACGGUCCUAAGGAGAUGUCGGAGAACCCGGAAUUGGAGGGUGUAUCACGAGUGCGAGUGACCAGCAGGACAAGUCCACAGAGGGUGGAGAGAGUGGCCGGGCUCGUGAGCCGUUCCCAUGUGGAGACACCCAAGCAUCUGAAAUAUUCUGUCCUUCUCACUCUAUUCCCUUAAUUUCCAGUCAGUAUCCAUGCACCUCACAUUCUCCUCUUUUUCUCCAUCCCUCUUUUCCUUCGUCACUAUCUUUCGUUUUCUAUAGCUCCCCCUAUCAUUAGACUGUCAGUCACAUGUGCACUGUGUGGUACAGCAGCUGUUUUCUGCUACCAGUUCUAUUAAUAGGAGUUACAGCCUUCAUAGGCGCUUUUGUUUAGGGUCUCAGAGAGUGCGUAAUGUGGGAGCCAUGACAGUAUCUUUAUGUCUUUAGAGUCAUGUUCCUCCCUUCAGCUGUCCAUGAAACACUGGAGAAUGGCUCGAUCAUGAUUGAAUUGCAUGAGGUCAGCACAAUGGGAAGAAAAUCGUUUGAACGAAAUAUUUCCCACACUGCUACCUAUCCACUGAAAACUACAGGAUCAAAGGCAUUAAUAUCUAUGACAUAUCUUCACACUCUUUUAGAAACCCUGCUGUAUUUUAUGCAACCUUGCCUCUGCAUUUCAUUGAAAUGAUGCUUAGUAAUGGUGCUACUGCCCCUUUAAGUCUGCCUGUGUCUUAUCUUACCUUAUUUGGGCAUGCAUCCUGUUAGGUGGUUAGAGAGCAGUCACAUGGCCUGCUGUGAGAAUGCACAAAAAUUCCAGAAAUUUUCUAUAGGGCUCAUCUGUGUGAAUGUGUAUCUGAAAGGUUUGAGAUAUAAAUGUUUAUGUAAUUGGGAUUGCAAUUAAGCUGACAGAGAAAGGUUAUUUAGUUGCAGGAGCUCUGUCUUUCACUUAAAAUCAUACGGAUUUCCUCCUGUUCCUCAUGUUUUACUAUGAAUUGGUAAAUCUAUAUUCUAUAUUGAUUAAUAAAGGUUGGGAUGGAUUAUGGUAAAUAGCUGUGCUUUGCCAUAUGUUCAUGUGAUUCUACAGAGCUGUCUCUAUUUUCAGUAUCAUUUUCUAAACAUAUAUAAAGACCAAGUUCAACUACCAUUCAGGCAGGAUACAGCAUGUACCGUAAAUCAUAAAAAAUCAGAUAUUCAGGAAGACAUUUUGAUAGUGUCUGUUAAAAGUGAUUAAUUCUGACGAAUCGGGCUGCCUACAACAAACUAUAUACAUUACCUUUGUGGACACUUCCACUUCAUCACACCCAUAUGUGGGCCUUCCCCAAACUAUUGCCAUAAAUUUGGAAGCAGUUGUAAUGUUUUUUUGUAUGUGUUAAUGCACCUCAGGCCUCCUCACCCAACAUCAGGGCCUGACCUCACCAGUACUCUUGUUGCUGGAUGGACAAAUCCCAAUAGCCAUGCUCCAAAAUCUAGUCUUCCAAGAAAAAUGGAGGUGAUUAAACAGCAAAAGGGAACUAAAUCUGGAAAUGGAUGUUUAGGUGUAAUGGUCAUGUGUCCACAAAGCUAAGUGAUGCAACAGCAAAUCAUUUGCCCUAUUAUCCGGAGGUUGCAAGUUUGAACCCUGACUAUGCAAUAGCCAUCCAUGGCCUUGAGACCCAGAGAGCAAAACUGACCAUGCCUUUGGGAGAGGAGUCGUGGCAUACACUCUCUCCUGUCAAUCACAGUGACAUUAGCUGAUUGCAGUCAUCUAUGACAUCAUGCAUGUGGAAUGGGGCAACUAGCGCUUUCCUCCAAGUGUGCUACACUGCCUUGUGAUGCAGUGCCUAAAUGUUGGAUUAAAUUGCCAUAGAUUUGCUCUCAUUUCUCUCCAUGCCACUCUUUACUAUUGCAGUUUUACAGUGCUCUAGCCAUUGAUUGUCUGUACUGCAAACAUAAGCCGUUUUUAUAUUUUGAUAUUAUAUAAUCUUCGAAGGAGUAGGACAUCUUCCCUAGAGGUACUAGAAACACCCACAUGCAUUCACACGCUAAAAGAUGUAACAAACACCAAGACCUGAUGCAAGCAUGUUAUGCUUGAGUAUAAGCCUAGUCUGCUUCUGUAUUUUCUCCAUCCAGUUUGCAUCUUCAAUUGUAAAGAGCAUGGAGAUUUGAACACUGCUCCUGUGACACCUAUUGAACUGUGCACCACUGUGUGGAGGGCAGUUAUAGAUGUGAGCUAUGGGGAAAAGGAAAGAAAUGAAGGAAUCAUGUGCCCUGGGAUGGAUAUGCUUGCAUCGUCAUUUUUAGCUGCAAGACACCACCCAUAUAUAAACUGUUUUCAGAUGAGCAAGCUUCCUUGUGGUUAUUGCAGUGGAGCAAAUUUUUUAAUCAGUAGUUUUACAGGGAAUUUUAAGGUAGUAAUGAUACCUCUUCAGUUGUUCGAGUAACUGCUGUUUCCUUUCCCCUGUUUGGCAAGAGAGUCAAACUGGGAUUUAUGAAAACAUUUUUGAACAAAACAAACAAACAAACAAACCUGUGGCUUUCGUUCAGGUUCUCUGGUUUUCUCCCUCCUUCCAAAAACAUGCCUAAUUGCCCUUAGGUGUGAAUGUGUGUGUAGGUUAGUCUGCAAUGGACUGGUGUCCCAUCAAGUUUGUGUUUCCAUCUCAUGCCUGGUGUUAAAGGGCUCUACAUUUACCAUGAUCCUGACCAGGAUAAAGCAGUUAAUAAAUAUGACAAUAUUAGAUUUUCUGUUAUUUAAGUGAUUUGUUUGCAGGCUGGAGUGAUUCAUAUAAAUAUGACUACAUGUGCACCUAAUUUGACAGCCUUAAAGUGUUAAAGCUUUUAUGUGCACGGAUUGCUGUUUUCUGAUAUGGAGCCAGCAAUUGAUGAGUUUUGGAAUCUCUGCAUCUUCAUUCUGCCUCUGUGCCUGUACUCAGUUUAUGGAGCGCUGCCCCUUUAAGAGCAGCCACUGAAACAACGAGUCCUGGUGGUGCUGCUGCUGAUGGCUGUGCUGCAAGAUGAUUGGCUGUGUCUCUCAGAGCUGAGGUGCUGGAGGGAUGCUGCUACGCAUCUCCCUCUCCCCCUCUCUGUCUUGCUUCCUCUCUCUCU